CCUGGAUGGCAGCAGGCAGUCCAGGCACUGGUGCGAAAAAGAACAACAAAGGCCAAUAUCGUAUUUAGCAGUUCUGCAGUAAAUAUUGUUCUUUUACUAUUCACUCUCUGCUAUUCACUUCUUGGUUUAGUGGUAGGUAUAUAAUCUGUAUAAUUUGUAGCUGACCUCUUUACCAUUAACAGAAUACAGCAUCUGGAAUAUCUGUUUCAAUCCAAAAAGCUUUAAUCAAUCUCAUCGAAGUACUUACUAUACUGCUACACGUAUAAUAAAAUACGACAAAUAGAAGGUCAUUUGCAUUGUAUUGCUAAUUAAUUUCUACUUAAUGGCAUUGAUCUUAACGUUUUAAGAGAAAAAGAAAGAAUAGAUGAGUUGGUUUCGUGUGCAAAUUUUGAAACCGUAUGUGAUAUUGGCAAUAUAUUUUAUAAUAUCGUAUAUAUAUAUGUGAUAUUGGCAAUAAUAUCCCAAAAUACCACGUGUGAGCAUUUUUAUAGGCAACUACCCAAAAAUGCACGGUGAAAAUGUUUACCUUCGCGUGACUAUAAUUAAGUUUUUUAGGGCUUGGAUUUCUACAAAACUAUUUCAGUAAAGAUUAAGGUUUUUUUAUACAAUCUUUUCCAGCUGUGAGCAUUAUUAAAAGGACUAUAUAAAGAUGAAAUGAAAAGUGGGGUGUAUUAAAGUUUGGCAAAAAUCGAAAAGGUCCCCCAAAUGACAAAUUCCCUUAAAAUUAAUGUAGAGACAGGAGAGCCCUCUGAGGAGAGCCUUUGCUUUUCCAUACAGCUAUUCAUAGGUAUGCAGGAGGAAAAAAUUAGGCGGGCGGCUAAAAAUUUGCCCAACGCUUGUGAAAAGUAAAAAAGGGGGUUCAACUUGCCCAGAGGGGCCCCUGGAAUGCUGGAACGUGUUGAAUAUUAAGGAAUUUUCUGAAAAAUUGAGGAUCUGAAAAAGUAUUAUUCUUAAGCCCCCAUUAUCUCAAACUAGUGUUUGGGCAAAUUUUUGGGACGUUUUGUUUUCGGAAAAAAACGUUGAUCUUUUCAUUAAGCCUUUUCAAAAAGAGCAAAGUGAGUAUUUUUGCAGUGUGAAUAAAUUUAAACCUCUUCCCCCCGUUUUUAUCCAGUGCUGACGUUUAAUUGGCGAUGUUACCACAUGGGACCAUGCUGGCUAUGACAAACAAUAACAUACCUGCCAUUCAUGUCGUUAGCAUUCCAUGGGAUGGUUAUGGACUUGGAUAUAAGACGUCGGAUGAUAAUAUAGGUAAUGUUUACAUGUAAGUUUGGGUGCAUGAAUAGAGGUUCAGAUACUGCUAUACUAUUUAUUCAGAUGCAUUUAAUCCGGCUACCCAAUUGAUGAUUCCCCUUAUUACGUUUUCGUAGUGCUUUGCAUUGUGGUUAUAGUGGUAUUACUGAUAAAGAUAGCAGCCUUGAAUGAACAUAUUGAAUGUUUUCGCAAAUAUUUUGCUGUUAGCUAUCGUGGCCCUGACCCUAGCUUUUUUUAAAAGUUCUUGCACGGGUCAGGACAAAAAAUAAGCCAUCUUGAAUAUCAGUGAUACCACUAUAACCACAAUGCAAAGCGCUACGAAAACGUAAUAAGGGGAAUCAUCAAUUAACCUGCAAUUAGAUGUGUAUUGUAUUUCCGUAAGGAGCGAAGGUUUUCUUUGUCUUGUGAUUUCUUGGGUGGAACUAAUUAGAAAAGAGAAAUUCUGCUCUGCGUGGAAAAUUUUGCUCCGCACGGAAAAUUGCGGAAUCGAUAGUGGAAGUCAAAAUCUGCCUCUAAUAUUAAGUUACUCAGUAAAAUUAUCAGUGAGAUAUUUGUAUAUACUUUCUGAUGUUGCUAAUACAUGGUUGGUAAUUAUUAGUGAGCUUGACGUAUGUUGAGAUGUUAGGUGAGGAGAAUUGACUAACACGACAAUGACAGCUGUAUAUAUCAGACAGGGAGGUUUGGCUUAGGGAGUGUGGUACCCUCACAAUAAUUUUGUCGGAUUAUUUUUCAGUUCAUCAUGUGCAUGUAAAAUCGAUUAGCAACUGUAGCAAAUGCUACAGUCAAAGAUUUUCCUGAAAAAAUAUUUUUAAUACUGAAUGUGGUGAUAGUAAAAAUUCUUUAUAGAAGUUUUCCAGUUUCUCUAUUUUAAAAAAAAUUAACUUCCGCAGCUUCGACCAGAUGUCCGUACGUAUUUUGUGAGCUACGAAUAUUUACGCGCUUAUCUUAACUUAACCUGAUUUUUAUCCAAAACAACGCCCGCUUUUAGGGGAAAUCACCUAAAUUUUUUAAUUAAACAUCGUUCAAAAAGCGUUCAGAAAAGUGGUCUAAAUAUAGUGAUUUAUGAUCAUGAUGUUAAUGCUACCAGUUACUAAAUUUAGCAUUUUUGCUACGUACAGUCAGAUGAAGCAAACCAAUCACAGUGCCGCAAUGCGCUACAGACAGCUACAGUUGCGCAAUUCGAUAUAGAGUUUAGAGCGAUGUUAUUUGGCUAUAUUUGUUUGCGCUUUUAACGAGCCAAUUUCUUUCGAAGAAAAGCUAAGUCGACUAAAGCGCUAUGUGAGGAUGCCAUCGGGAGCAAAGUUAAGGCCGAUCGUCUGAAAGAUCGCGGGGUAUUUGUGUGUGAUUUUUCGAAAUUACAAUUCGAAAUGCUGAAAGAGCGCGCUCCUUGAACCACGUUCUGGUCAAGUGGUCAGGUAAGCUUAUGAAUAUUAGAAUAUAUUAAUAUUUUAUGUCCUGCUUCGGCUGCUUGUAAUUAUUCAAUACCUUUGUUUAUAAUUAAGUGGAGUCAUUGAUUGAAUAAUGAUUUUUGCGGCGAUAAACAAUAUAUAAAUGUUAUCUCAAACGCUCCGUGCCAGUGUUUGGAAAUUGCGCGCCGGAGAUGUCGAAAAUUUAAUAGUAAAUAUAUAGAAAGCAUCAAAAUUGCGCGGCCGAUAUCUCCGCCGCGCGAUACACACUGGUUGAUAUUAACAACACAACACAAAGCUUCGUAUUGAGAGAUAGGGUACGUUACUGAAUUACUGAAAUAUACAAGCAAACCGUAACUGAAAAAUACAAGCCAAAAAACCUCUAAGUUUGGCUAGUAUUUUUAGGUGGUUGAAUAUAUGCUAGUCCGAAGCUUUCUUUCAGUGUAUAAAUGUGUCUGUUUGCGUUAUAUAUCGUUCUGCCCAUUGAUUUUAUGCAUUGAUUGUACUUGUGUUUAUAUAUGUUACCCAUGUGCGGUAUGAUAUUAAAUUACAUUUUAAUGUACGGAGGAACGCAAAUCUUAUUAAAACUUUGUAUACAGGAAUUAAGAAUGUAGAUCUGGUAUGAUUUGGUAUCUCGUUUAAACAUUUUACUGUUAUUGUAAAUUUUUGUCUAAAAUAUGACCUUAUUAAGGUCAAAUUUUAGAACAGAAUUCGAUGCUAAGAAUGCAGGAAAUGGCGUUUCCGGGGUCCAAAUUUCAAAUGGUGCCUCCGAUUUUAGCAUUAUGCUACAGUCAAGGGCCGGUUGUAUAAAAAAGUGAUUAAAAUAAAAGUAACUAUAAUUAGUGGAAACGUCAUCCAAUAAGAAGCGCGUAGUUGAGGGUUAAUCACUAUUUAACUACAAAAUAGUGAUUAAAAAAGUGAUUAAGAGUUUUAUACAACCGGCCCCAGAUUUUUAGCUGGAUCCACCCAACUAUAAAUCUGUGGGGGAACAUUAGCCCCCAUACUCCCAAAGGAGUCCGAGCCCACCGACUGAAUACUCAUGGCUUGGGCGCUUAAGCCCUAACUGGGGCCUUUUACGUUUUCAGUGAGUUUGGGAAGUUAGAAUGGCAACUGCAGCAAACAAAAUUACGCUUUUGUAUUCAAGCAAAAGCAUACAUUACUAAAACUUCAUUUGCACUGGCAAUUUUCCAAAUCCUUACCGUGGAAAUAGUAUGGAUUUUAUGUUUGUGUGAUGUUACUCUGAGUGUCUAUCCACACCGGGCAGGCUUGAAAAAUAUGCCUGGCCACGGCGGGAUUCGAACCUACGACCUUUGGAAUACUAGCCCAAUGCUCUUCCAACUGAGCUACGCGGUCAGGUCGGUUCGAGUAUGCGAUAUUUCGGAACUGAGUCUAGUUCCUUCGAUAUCAGUGUAAUCUAAUAAUCAUGAAAUCUGCUGUGUUGGUGUAUGUAUUUUAGUAGAAAAUAACAUGGAAUUCCAAUUUUCAUACUAAUUGCAAUUUCCGUACUAUGGAUAUAGUAUGGAAAUAGUAUGGAUACACUAUGGAUUUAGUGAUGCGUUUGCAAAUUCCCGAUAUUAUGAAUUUCGCUAUAUUUUUCCAGUGUUGCCUCCCAAUACUCAAUAGUAUUUAUCUUUAUAGUUGGUGCAUUUACGUAAAGUACGGUAAGUACCCUACUGUAAAUGACUAAAGCCGGUUUUCCACAUCAAGCGUACCGUACCGAAACGUAUCAAAAACGUUUUUAAAUUUCAAAAUUUCGUGAAUGUUGAUUGGCUAGUACUUCUGUAGUACGCCAAAAAGUUGACUUGCGACGAACUUUUCAUUUUGAUACGCGAAUACACCCGGAAGAACACCGCGGAAAAACGUCUGCGCAUGCGUCAACUUACCUGUAAUAGUAUUGCGAACUUGAUGAGAAGCUGUUCCGAACGUUUCCGAAGGCUCAAAAUGGCGGUAAAAAGGAGUGACUUCAUUGUGCGUCUUUACAGCCAGAUUUCGAGCGCAAAAAUAAACAUGUCAUUCUAAAAACUAGGAAUAAAUACAGCCAGAAGGUUCAAGAAAUUGUAUUGUACAAGAACAUGAACUAAAGGUGAUUGUUGACAAAUUUAUCGUCUGAAACAUUUUGUUUAUCAACUAAGCAACGACAAUUUCCGAAUUUUCGUUUGAGAUACAUUUCUUUAAAAAAAACUGUGUCGCCAAAUAUAAAAAAUUUUCGUGUUCACAAUAAUUAAACUUCAGGAUUUAUUCUACAAUUUGAGUGGGUUAAGAAGCUUAACUUUUCGAGAGUUUUCUUAACUUUUUAGUUUGAAGUCAUGUCCGUUAAAACCAACAAUUUUUUACAUGAAUUAUAUUUCAUUCCAUACUUUAAAUGCCAGGACGCUUUCAAUUAAUGUCUAGACUACCCAUUUUCUUUUUAGUUUGUUUUACUAAUUUUUGACCAAUUAAUAAGCACGUUUUUGUUUUAGAAAUUGAUAUUCAAAUUCCCCGCCAUAUUUUCAUAAUUUGGUGCAUGCGCAGACGUUUUUCCGCGGUGUUACCCGGAAGUACGUGGAUUUAUAAACCUCUUUUCAAUCUGCGCAUACUCACCAGUACGUUUCGGUACGAUACGGGCGAAGUGGAAAACCGGCUUAAGACCGUCAAUAAUAAUUGUUGGCGCUGUCGAGAGGUACUGUAGGAAUGAGAUAAGUAUAGGUAAUAGCAUGGUUUCGAGUGCAAUUUGGAUAUAACAUGCACGAGUGAGUUUUUCAAAGACCUCAAAAUAGCACGAGUCCGAAGGACGAGUGCUAUUUGAGGUCUUUGAAAAACUCACUCGUGCAUGUUAUAUCCAAAUUGCACUCGAAACCAUGCUAUUACUUAUUAAUAAUUUACAUAAAAAUGUUCGAGACAAUUGUAGUUUUAACUUACGCGUUUAUAGCGAACAUUCCACUGGCAAAGUUUUCCCGACUUUGUUAUAUCACAUUAUACAACGCUAACAGCUUGAAAAUUCCACUCAACUAUGUAAUUUUUGUUAGUCUUGUUUAAGGUAAAUGCUUUUCCAUUUAAAAAUAAAGAUAAAAACCAUAUUUUCCACGCGAAGGCAACUUUUACUUUGUGUAGCGGGGCGCCAUGUUUGUUUUGUUUUGAAGCAAUCUGUGACCGUUACUUCUUUAAACUAAAUUGCUUUAAACUGAUUGGUUGAUUUAAUCAUCACAAUGUUUUUCCACCAAUCAGAUCAGUUUGUUACAGAUUUUUGCACUGUGACACAGAAUAGGAAGUUAUACCAGAAGCGUAACUCGAGCAAAUGUUUGUCCGCGUUUUUACAAGCGAUUCGUCAUCAAUCACGCCAUCCUGGCUAGUACAACCGGCACUUUGUACCUACCAAAUCCUGAUAAAAACUUCCGGCUGUACUAGCCAGGAUGGCGUGGCCUGACGUGAGCGAGUUAAAAUUUUCGUGGACGUCAAACAAUAAGGGAAACGACUAGAGUUACGCUUCUGGUAUAACUUCCUAUUCUGUGACUGUGAUUACAGAAAAUUGCACUGUGAUUACAGAAAAUUGCACUGCUGUUUGGGAUUAACUGCACUGAAAUCAACCAAUCACAGUCGAGUAAUAUCUUUAUGUAUAUUAUUAAUAACGUAAUAAUACUUCGUGGUAUCUGUCAUUUGAACAAGAACGGCAUACGGGAAUACUCAAGGCAGAGAAUACAAUUUAUAGCCGCCUUUGUGUUAGAAUGAACACGGUUGCAUUGUCGUUGUAGUUGUAUUUGCCAAACUCACUGUUUUCUGCCCACGCAAUUUCGUUAAGCAAAACGAACCUCCCCCCAAUGUUUUAUAUCCUGCGAUUUGCCGUUGUAAGCCGCCAAGCAAGGACAUGCAACUGCAGACCUGCCAACCUUAGCGACUGAUAUUUUGAGAGAAUUCUUAUUCAAACACUUAAUUUGGCGGGAGAAUUGGUUGUUUAGAGGGAGAAAACGAGUGUAUCUAAAAGUCGAGAGUCGAGAGUAAAAGUCAAGAGUCGACAGCAAGAAGUCGAGAGUUGACUGCAGCAAAAGUCGAAAGUCGACAGCAAAAAGUCGAGAGUCGACAGCAGAAUGUCGAGAGUCGACAGCAGAAUGUCGAGAGUCGACAGCAAAAAGUCGAGAGUCGACAGCAGAAAGUCAAGAGUCGACAGCAGAAAGUCGAGAGUCGACAGCAGAAAGUCGAGAGUCGACAGCAGAAAGUCGAGAGUCGACAGCAGAAAGUCGAGAGUCGACAGCAGAAAGUCGGGAGUCGACAGCAGAAAGUCGGGAGUCGACAGCAGAAAGUCGAGAGUCGACAGCAAAAAGUCGAGAGUCGACAGCAGAAAGUCGAGAGUCGACAGCAGAAAGUCGAGAGUCAACAAAUGUCAUCGUUUCAAUCUAAUGACGCAUAAACGAAAAAAGAUUCCUUUUUUCACUGGGCUCGUACUGAUAUAUUAAAGUUCGUAAUUGUAUGAAUCGUUAGAUUGUGCUCAACUUAGAAUACUUCAUACGCUCUCGUUUAAUAUAAACGUACGUUGUUAAUUAAAAUGACAUUUUAAGGAUGAACGGUCGCUCAUAAAAACGGCAUUGCCUGUUCGCGUGAGAAUCUUCUUCAAUGUUUGUCAAAAGCACUUAACAGGUUUUAAUCUGAUCAACCAGCUCCAAGGUGACUGACUGAGCGAAUUGAAACCAUAAAUGAUCGUUGAACUUUGUCAUUAGAAUAGACAUUGUUUUAUCUGCGACCGUUCAUAUAGUUGCAAGCGACGCUAGGUUACUAUGGCGGGUAAUGUGUGUCAAAAUUAAGUGGAAAAUUUUGACAAUGAUCUUCUUACAUUUGGCAUGCGUGUCAAACAAUUUGGAAAUGAUUUGGCAUCAUUUGGCUAUUGGUUUCUGACUAUUUUGUGGCAACUGCAAAACAUUUGGUGGCAAUAUCAAAAUAUUCAACAACAAAAACUCGUUUGACAACAAUUUAUUACUAUACUGAACUAAAAUGUUAUCAUUUGACAAUGACCUCACAUUCGGCAACAACAAUCCCAAAAUGCAUUGCGAGUUUGCAAAUUUAGAAACAGGAUGGCGGAUCAACAUCAAUCGGACGAAGUACGAGAUUCAAUUUUAACACGCUUGGAAAUGCUUUUAAACGAUGUUACGGCAGCUAUUUCACCAGAUCCUGAACCCUAUAUAAUAAAUCAUAUUCACGAUUGCUCUGAAGCUCUUUAUCGAUGUCUUGCUGUUCUGUCUGCACAAGAUCCUAAUACGUACAGCGGAUAUCUAAAUCAAACAAAAUUAUUGGUUGAUGAAGAAUGCGAACUGCAGGAAGACCUAAAUUUGAUAUUUCCCGGCAGAGACCAAUUGGUGUACCUUAUAGAUGGGGUUCAGGAUCUGGUGAAAUAGCUGCCGUAACAUCGUUUAAAAGCAUUUCCAAGCAUGUUAAAAUUGAAUCUCGUAAUUCGUCCUGUUGAUGUUCAUCCGCCAUCUUGUUUCUAAAUUUGCAAACUCGCAAUGCAUUUUGGGAUUGUUGUUGCCAAAUGAAACGAUUGUUGCCGAACGUGAGGUCAUUGUCAAAUGAUAACAUUUUAGUUUAGUGCAGUAAUAAAUUGUUGUCAAACGAGUUUUUGUUGUUGAAUAUUUUGAUAUUGCCACCAAAUGUUUUGCAGUUGCCAUAAAAUAAUCAGAACCAAUAGCCAAAUGAUGCCAAAUCAUUGCCAAAUUGUUUGACACGCAUGCCAAAUGUUACAAGAUCAUUGUCAAAAUGUUUCACUUAAUUUUGACACAUACCACCCGCCAUAUUUUUUGGGUUGCGAUGGUUUGCUUGCCUAACAACCUUAUUUUUCGUUGGUUGCUUUAUAGUACAACAUCAGACACCAAUUAAAAUGCCGUCCUUUGUCACAGCUAUUGCUGUUGGAAUUGGUAUUGUGCUAUGGUAAUGUCAACUGAUCACACUCGACAGUCGUGACCUGCUGACCUCAAUGAAAUCUUUUCCAAAAAAUCAGUUUCGACCUAUCUACAUACAAGUACCCUACCUGCAUGAGUGAGGUGAACACUGAAUUUCUGUGUUCAAAUGACUAUUUUUACAGGGAUGCAUCCAGCAUGAUCUGGUAGGGAGGGCGCUCUGCCAGCUCUGGUGCCGAGUUGUGUCGGUCAUGUGUGCCGCCCGCCCAUCAACUUGCUUCACUACUGCAAAGUCUUGCUUGACUACUGUAUUUGAAUUGUAAUUGUUGUUCACAUUUUGCUUAUCAUCAUGUUAUUACUCAAACUACUGUAUCUCAUUUUGUCUCUAAAAAUGUUUUGCUUUAUCAUGAAAAAUAGCACCCCCUCCCCCCUGCACCCCCUCUGGUCAGGGCUAGGGGGUGCACACCCCUCCGCCCCCCCCCCCAAGUAAAUCCAUCCCUGUAUUUUUACCUCAAAUGUAAACAUGGUGUCUUCGAAAUAUUUUUGUUGUAAUAGAUAAUUCCAGCUACUGUACAGACUAAAUUUUUAUCUAGGCAAGAAGAACAAAAUCCAUCACCACAGCUAGAAAGAGCUUGUUAAAAUUAGUAAAAUUGCAAAGUUUGGUUUGUUGUUAAACGCGGACAAUAUAGCCCUGCGAAAUUUGCAAAUUUUGUAUUAAUUUGUAUUACGCACAGGAAAAUGCACAACUUUCGGCCCAAAUGUGGUCCGAACGUUCUCGCGCGUAAUACAAAUUAAUGCAAAAUUUGCAAAUUUCGCAGGGCUAUAGUUUCCGCAUUUUACAACAUUUCGCGGCCAAACUUUGCAAUUUUACUAAUUUUAACAUGCUCUUUCUAGCUGUGGUGAUGGAUUUUGUUCUUCUUGCCUAGAUCAAAAUUUACAGUAGUCGGCUAUAGCUGGAAUCAUCCAUUAAACAAACUGCACCUUGAAAAAUCAAUUAAUCGGAUAAUUCAAGAUCGGCAAACUUAAUGUUUUUAACCGCAUUUUAAAACAUUUUUAUUGUUUAAAACGUUGAGUUUACUGAUCUUCAAUUAUGCAUAAUUGAUUUUCCUAGUUAAUUUUUCAAUUCUACAAAAAACGGCUAUUUUAAUGUAUUGAUCGAGUUUAGAGACAGUUUAAGACUCAAAAGAUGAAUUACCGUUCAGUUUUUCUUGCUACAACCAUUCUGAUAGGAGGAAAAUCGUCCACAAGUUGUUUGAUUGUCCCUCAUUUGGAUGAAAAAAGAAAAGUCACGUGAUUGCAAACAAAGAAUUAAAUGGGCUGAAAUGCGCCUUAAAAACCAUCAUUCAAAAGGCUGAACUGUGCCUUUAAUAUCUGUUUGGGUAUAUUAAAUGAAUGUUUAUUUUUUGUUUGUAUGCUGUUCAAAACUAUAUUGUAGGUCAAAAUUGGCAAAAAAAAGUCCAUCCCGGUAAGCGGGUAAGGUGCUAUAAAAGUUUCCAAAUGAGGGCGUCAUCCCACUUGACUGAGAUCCUAGCGCCCAGCGCAAGAUGAGAUCUCACUAAUCAAGGGCAUGCGGAUCUCACUAACUAAUGGCAUGCCGAUCUCACUCAAGUGAACUUCCCAGCUAUAGCUGUAAUGUGUAGAUAAAAUGCGGACGCGGACUCGCGGAUUGGCUCGCGAUAACGAUAUAUUACUCGAGUCCGCCAGUCCGGGUCCGCAUUUUAUCUACUCCCGUUAGCUGGACUAGCUGGGAUCAUAAAGCCCUGAGGCCACCAUUGUAACGCUUGACGUCCGUAUUGACAGAAAUGUCGACUGAUGCCUCUAUGCAAAGUUGCACACGUUUUAUUCGUGUGAAGAAAACAAUGUACGUCAGUCGGCAUGACAUGAUUGGUUUAAGCCAAGCACACACGUUACGAUUUUAGUCGGCCGAUUUACGGUGCGCAGAGAAUCGAGGCCUCAGUUUUCGAAACGUUAUCUUGCGACAGUGAAACAUAAAACUUGCAUUCUCGUCAUUCCAUUACGUCAUUCUAUUUGUGCAUGAAAAAAUGAAUAUGCUCUUGACCUUAUUUGGUGGUCAUGAACAAAUGUAGCAAACGUGUUAGCCACAUAGGAAAUGUGUAUAUGUUUCCUCAUAUAGAAUACACAACUGAAGAUGCUGCUGAUAAUUUCAAGACUUUGGCAAGACGAAAUGGAAUCAAAGUGUCGAGUCCUGGUAAUGAAACAGGCGCUACUGCGGGUAUGCAACUAGACAAGAUAUCUCUGUGUUGACAGUGUUGUCCAACUAUAUUGUUUCUUACAUGACGUUAUUGUAUUUGUACCAUAAUAUAGUAGGUUGUAUAUGCAACUGAAAAUCUCACUCGUGCAUGUUUUAUCCAAAUUGCACUCGAUAUAGUCCCAGCCGUCACAAUGUCUUGGAAACCAGGCCGUUUAAAAAGACAUACUGCACCGCACGUACAAAGUACUUAAUGUUUUCAUGUUGGGUAAGGCGGUUUAAUCGAUAAACCGGAAAAACCAAUGUCUUUUGAAAAAAAACUCUAGGCAAAAAAAACGGGAGGAAACGAAAAACCCGGAAAAAGUCACGGCGCUAGUUCAACGUUUUUUGACGAAAGUUCCAACUUCCAAACAUUAAAAACGUGAGAAUAUUACACACCUAACGCUGGCUUACCGCUUACAUAUUGAGGCAGUGCUGACCAUUAAAGCAAUAGACCUUAUGCAUAAUGAUGGCUUGAUGCCUGCGAGGAAUGCUGAUCUUAGUAGAAUUUGAAUUUUUGAAUUUUCCCGGGCGAUGACUACUAAGACCAGCAUUCCUCGCGGGCAUCAAACCUUGUGAGGUCAUACAUAAGGUCUAUUGGUUUUAAAAGUAAACUCUUGAACGUGUAGCGUGAAGUUUAAUCCAAUUUUAGUAAAUUUUGGAGAUAAGGUUUAAAAACAAUUUUUUUUCGGGGGUUUUCAGACGAUUUUCGGUUUUACCCUUCAUGUUGGACUUCAAUUUUCUUACAGACCUGUCACCAUCAGCUACAGAGUUUGUACCUAGAUCUGCUGCAACAUCUGAGGUGUUACCUGAUGAUCUUCGACUCGCAACCCUCCCACAGACGUCCCUUUCAAAGACGGAUAUUUCUCCAAUGAAUGAAGAUAAAAAGUUACUGGCAAUGUUUCAAGAAGUUUUAAAUGAGAAGAAACAACAGUUUAAAAUAUUAGAAGAUUGCAUGAAGGAAAGAGAGGAAAGCAAAUCAACAAUCAGUAGUUUGAAUGAAGCGAAAGACGCGUUAAAAGAAGAAGUUGAGGUAGUUCUGAAAAUGGAACAGGAGGCGUGGAUUAUUUACAUUGUCUUAACCAGGAAGCUGCUGAUUGAUAGAGAUACAACUACCUCAUAAACACAAGGAGAUGAGGAGAUCUUCAGUUUUCCUUGUAUUGAGAACUUCAGCAGUUCUCCUUGUAUUUUUCAGGUAGUUAUAUCUCAGUCUAUUAAUCCGCGGCUUUCUUAUUGGCAGCAAACAUUUUCCUCUAACAUCAUCCACUAUCUCUCCGUAAAGCAUGCCAGUUUCGCUUUAAUAUACGAAGAGCAUCUUUUAACAUAUAAACCGAGGGGCCAUGUCCCUCCUGUAGCCCACAUGUUGGCCUCCAGUAAACUAGACUUGCUCCAAGUCUCUCUUCAUUGUCAUAUCGAACCACCAUAGUGUACAUUACAUAACGGAGAGGCGGAGCGAGAAAGAGACUUGUCAACUUCGGAAAAUCUCGGUUCAAAACUGAACCGAAAAUGCAAGACUUGCUUUAAUUGUUUUCCUUCAAUUUCUUUGUGUAUUAUUUACUACAGUAUAAUGGAACUCAUGUUAUUUACACUGUGCUAGAUCAAUACAUGUAAACACUAACAGAAAACAAUUAAAGCAAAUCUUGCAUUUUCGGUUCAGUUUUGAACCGAGGUUUCCCGAAGUUGACAAGUCUCUCUUUCUGGCUCCGCCCCUCCGUACUACGUCAUGUAAUAUACACUAUAGUGGAUCGAUACUAUAUGACAAUGAAAGAGAUACUUGGAGCAAGUCUACCAGUAAACUAGUAUGUAGCCCAGCCCAGUAAAGGUUCCUUUUGUCCAAAAAAUAAGCGAAAGGGAAAGAAUAACGAUUAUGAUUGAUUAUGAUUAUUCAGCUCACUCCUUAUCGGAGCUUUUCAGUGACCGAUUACACCAAGUAUUACGAUUACUUAUAUUACCUACUAAGCUUAGACUAUUUAUUUUUACAACAAUUGUGAUAUUACUUUCCUAACUAUGUUUAUCCUAACCCACCCUGUCAACUUUCUCUGUAGGAGGAAACCAGAGCGCCUGGUCAGUGAAAACCCACGACUUUCGGCAGAGCGUUGUCAGACUCUUUUCACAUGAGUCCAUAGCGAGUCUCGAACUCAGAGGCAGGGCUGCAAACAAAUAUUUGACUUGACAGGACAUUUGUCCGAUCACUUUUAAUUUUGGUCGGACAUAACUUGAAUUUGGUCGGACAAAAACCAACACCACUAAAUUUGGUCGGACAUAUAUACGUCACAAGAUAUAUAUAAGUCACGAGACAAGUAUGUAUAGCCAUUCUGGCGCAAUGUUUAUACUGCAAGUAAAAUGCUAGAAUACCUUGUAAAUUUUAUUGCAAAAUGCAAAUUGAGUGAAUUUGCAAUUGUAUUUUGUCACAGCAAAAAAAUGUAUAAAUGUAUGUGACAUUUUUUUUGUGAUCAGACCAAUGUCCGAUCAAAAUUACUUUUGCUCGGACAUUUGCCAAAUUUAGUCGGACAUUGUCCGAUGUCCGACAGUAAUUUGCAGCCCUGCAGAGGUGAAAGGCGCAUGCUCAGACGGCUGCGUCACCGAAGCCCCCAUAACCUAGUUAAGAAGAAUUUUUAAUGUUCCCAUGACCAAACCUUAAAUGAAAUAUAUCUAAAAGUUGUAACUCUGCAAUUGUAAUAAUUAUUUGGUUUUAAAUGUCAUAAUUUUAGAAACUGACAUGCGACCUAACGAAGCUUAAAGAAAGAAAUUCAAUGUAUGUAUAUGCACAGGAUUUUCAUUUUGUGUUUCAUAUUCCCGGUUUUCUGUUUUGUGCAUUUGCAUCGUUCGGUAUUUCGUGUUUCUAUUAUAUUUUUCGUUUCUUGCCUAACUGUUUCCCUUUUUUUUCUUCUUAUUUUAUAAUUUCAAUCUGUUUUUUAUUCGUCAUCUUUUUGUUUUAUUAAUUCAUAAUUUAUACCUUAAAACUGAAUGUUGUUUGCUGUUGGGCAUUGGUCGACUCUGCACGAAGUAUUACGGUUAUGAACUUAGGUUGACGACAUAUUCCCACCCACAUACUUUAUUAAUUUGCUGUCGUUCAAAGGCUGUGAGAGGGGUGUGUGCCUGUCCUAAUGUUCACCAUUGGGCUGUGGACCGUGAAUGCCCUAUAAUAAGCACCACUCCCAAAUAAACUGCAUCUCUAAUAACCCCCCGCAUUAAAUUUAUUAGCCCUCCUUUUAUUAAACCACUCUCCUUAAUAAGGCCCCCUCUUUCUAUAUAACGAAAUAAUACAUGAUUUUUGUUGAAAAGAUUUAUUAAUUGCCCUGAAAGCUCAUGCAGUAAGAUAUUUGACUAAAUCCUUUAUAGUCUUGCUAUGCCGCGAUGGAAGGUGGGAAUAUCGAUAUUUUUAUGAAGGGAUCUGAUUUGCAUGUAGUAGCUGUAUGCAAAUCGUGUAGUUUGACAGUAAAACGCAAUUUCCAACCAUAAGCCAUGCAUCAAUGACUUCAUACACCAAAAUAUUCCCGCUUCUUCUUGAUAAUUACAGUAGUAUUUGACUUUAUACAGUGCAUGCAUUACUUCCACUAUUAUGCAGUUACCGAAUUGCACAUGCAUUCCAUCUUAAUUAUAGGUUAAGCGAGGAAGUGGAAGCUUUGACUGAGAGGCUAAUUGAAUCGGAACAAUACAAUACAAGGUGUGGUGAUCUUACGUAUACCAUGUAAUUUCACCAGUGAGUGAUACAAUGUACACUAGCUGAUCAGGACCUUAUAUGAGCCCAGCCAUAGCCAUGGCCCAACUAACAGGGAACUUGAAAUUUCAUAUAUGAAAUUUCACAUAUACUCAUGGAAUAUGAAAUUUUGCUUAAUCUCACCUAACUGGAAUGGAAAUGUUUUGGCCAAUUUUGAGCAACGUAGAUGGAAAAAAUAACAAUAGAAGGCACUACCAAGGCGGAGCGUGAUAAUAGACAAGUAUCUGAGGCGUGAUAUUAGAUGAGGUAAAACCGGGUCAUAUGAACACAGAAAUAAGUCAUCCCGUGGGUGAGUUUUCCGGCAAACUAGGCUCAUAUAGACACAUCCUAUGGAAGUCUGCUAGUGCAGUUUUGAAACACCGAAUAAUGUGUUGAAAUUCAAAAAGUUAACCGAGAUUAUACCCUGUACCUUUGGGUGUUUUAAAAUGCAUGAGUUGUAUGAAAAAAUAAAAAUGAUUAAAUUCUUGAAUCGCGCAGGUUGUUGAUAUAAAGUAGUAAAUAUAAUUAAAAUCAUUGUUGACUCCGUUUAGGCUCCAAUCUCAAGUUACAACGCUGCAAAAUAGACUACAAGAGAAUGAAAAUGGCCAAGCAAGGUAUACUACAUUUACACGUGAUAGACAAGUUUGGAUAUAACGUCUGUUUAUUCCCAACAUUAGAUAACUCACAUGCCUAGUUACUAUUCUCCUAGUUUGCAGAAACAUAUAAUAGAGCAAAGGUAACUAAGCCCGGGUUUAGAAUUGUAUGUAUACACGAGUUGACAACUCUUACUGUAGAGUGUAGAGUGUAGACGUAACUCUGAUGCUAAAGGCUGCAUUCCAGUUACGCGUUUUUCGCACGUAAAAGUUGAAUUCGCUUAAAAUUUUAUAUAAGUGCAAAUAACCUUAACAAAUACACAUUAAAUCAUACAUAAAACUGAAUGCUGUCCUUUUAUAAAUUUAGUUAUUUCAUAAGUAGGAUGUAAAGCGAAUUCAACUUUUACGUGCGUGUACGCACGUAUGAAAAACGCGUAACUGGAAUGCAGCCUUAAGUCACUUAUGUCUAUUCUGUGCUUCCGUAAAUUGAAAGUGACUAGACAUGUGAGUUUAGAAAGAUGUGAGUUAGGUAUUAUCGAAGUAAAUAACGUUAAGGAUAUAAGCAGCCUAGGCCCAAGCCACAUAGUAGAGACAUACAGAGACGUAACUAGUGUACCCACUUUUUUGUGCGCAUGCUCGGCAAGUUACUAGAUGCAUGCAUCUGAUUGGAUGACGACCUGAUGACGACUCACUUUAAACUUGCUGAGCACAGUCACGCAGUUGAUCAGUUUUCGCCCGGUCGCCUGAAAGAAAGUGGGUACAUGAUAACGUAAUCUUCCGCAGUGUUUACAUCGGUCAGUUACGUCUCUGUAUCUCUCUACUCUGUGUCCAAGUUCUAAGCGGUGACGUCACAACUAUGUCCCUCGUGGUCACAUUGUGGACUAAGCUGCGAAUGCGAUGACAAAAAACUUGCAUGGAUACACGAUACUGAAACCUAACGGAGCAUUUAUUAAUUAUAUAACUAGAGGGCACUCGGAUACUCCAUUCCUCCGCCAGCGAAUUAAGUUAUGUACCCAUGCAUAAAUUAUGCAAUCAUGGGAUAAUUACUACGCAAUCAGUUACUCUGGCCGGCAAAACAAGACAAACGUUUGCUAAUUUCGCAUACAAUUUUCAUCCAAAUUUAACCAAAAUUUAACCAAUUUGUCCAUUAGUCCCACAGCUGUUUUCAUAUUAAUACGGUUGAUAGUUUUUGAGUUAUCGACAGACAGACACACAUACUUGCAGAAAAAAGCACUUUAAAGAAGCUUCGUAUUCACAAACAUGCCUUUUACUAAAAGUACAACGAACAACGAACGUUUUUCAAGAGUGUCAUUACGUAUCAUGGUCAUGUGCCAAUUAUCAAUAAAUGUCAACAAUUAUCAUAAAUGUUCAUAUAUACUGUAUAUACUAGUAUAUCUUAACACAUAGAAACGCGAAUGAAAACAUAACCUCCAUUUUUAUCAUUUGAGAAAGCUGCAUCUGCCUGCUCAUAUUCUCUCAUAUUCUCGCGACAUCCCAUCUUACAAAGGUCGACACAGAAUGGCCUUAAUUAACACUUAAGGUAAUUCCGCAGUAAUUGUUCCCGAAAUGAGAAUGUGCUGAAACUUCCCAGACAUGGAGUUUAUGAUAUACUUAAAGUAAAAUCACACAAAAAAGUUGGGGUCACCGAACUCGAUAUGACAAUCACAAUAUACCACCUUUACCCCAAUAUGGCGCCAUCUUGACGCUCAUUACAAGUAACAGCAAAAUUACAACAGCCCGAUAUUUAUUGACGUUAUUGCGAUUUUUUUCAUGAUCCAGAAAUGAUUUUUCUUUUAAUUUCGGAUAUGAAAUGUAAAAUACUUUAAAGAAAAAAAUUAUCAGUUAAAAAACGGGGGUCACCGAUCUUUUUAGGGAGUUGUGGCAUUAAAACGUGAAAUACAAGUAAAUAAAUAUACUACAGACACAGAGAACCCUAGCUACACUUUUGUAUGCCUUUUUCGAAAACAUCGAUAGUAACGUAAUUCUUUGCACGAAUGUAACCAAAGAUGUUUUGAAGUAACAUAAAAUUGUAAUAAAAUGAUUUUUUUUAAACGAUACGUAUAAUGAAUGAAAUUAUAAGUUCUAAGAUAUGCGCAGUAAAAGUGCGCAAUGCAAAACUGCGGAAUUACCUGUAUGGGGAAUGACCUGUAUGGGGAAUGACCCUCAUUAAGACUUUGCCCUAAUAGCUGUAAUGGUUUAAAAAAUGCCCUACUGUUUAUACUUGUUUAGACGUGUAUUAGUUGAUCAGGUUUAUAUUAAUGAUACACAUUUUGAGUAGUGUACACUGUAUAUUAAUUUGUCAUCUUUCAGUGAACGAACGAUGGUGACUUCGCUAUUCAGUAAAUUUAACGAAUCUGAGUCCGAGAAAGAAAGGUACAUGCCAUGCAUUGCUCAAGUAUUUAACAAUUAUUAAGCAUGUGUAACGGUAAAUUCUCUGUUUUGCACCGCGGGGGCUUCAAGGGACUUAUUUGUUUCAUGCAAAGAGGCCUACAAUCAGGAACAAAAAUUAUUGAGACAUCCUAUUCGCCCCCCCCUAAAACAAUGUUGUUUCCAUGAUACCAUACCACAGUGUUGCAGGGCUGCAAACAAAUAUUUGACUUGACAGGACAUUUGUUCGAUCACUUUUAAUUUUGGUCGGACAUAACUUGAAUUUGGUCGGACAAAAACCAACACCACUAAAUUUGGUCGGACAUAUAUACGUCACAAGAUAUAUAUAAGUCACGAGACAAGUAUGUAUAUCCAUUCCGGCACAACGUUAAAUAAAAUGCUAGAAUGCCUCGUAAAUUUUAUUGCAAAUUUAGUCGGACAUUGUCCGAUGUCCGACAGUAAUUUGUAGCCCUGCAACCCAAUACUAUAUUGCAUACAAUGGCAUUACAACGCCAAUAGAUUAUUGGUUACAACGUGCGGAACGGAUGCAGCACCACAUUUGCGUUCUAUAGUAUAUAUAUAUAUAUAUAUAUAUAUAUAUAUAUAUAUAUAUAUAUAUAUAUAUAUAUAUAUAUAUAUAUAUAUAUAUAAUACAUAAUUAUAAUAUAAUUGUAAUUGAAGAAAAAAAAACUAUUCGGAAUAAGGUGCAAGCUAACUGCAUGUGUAAUAACCGUGGGGUUAGACGAGUUAGCAAACCAUAGAAAAUAUAACCUUGAAAUAUUUAGCAACCCUUCCAAAACUGAUCUUUGAUCGGUUCAUGCAUAUAAAGGUGACCCUACAGAUUGAUAUUUAGGGUCCAUAUAAUAUAGUUUUCUAAAUUCAUUGAGUAUAGCUUUAUUGCAUGUGAACAUUUUUCCAUUUCUGAAAAGAAUGCGCGUAUACAGGGUGCAUGUAUCAAAAAAGUAAGACAAUUUUGAAAUUGCUCUCAAUUCCACAAUUCUGUUCAUGAAAUGUAAUUUUUUAUAUGUAUGGAUUGCUUGAGUUCUUAAAUUAUGGAAAAUAUAAAAAAUUUUGAAAAUAGUAAAUUUUGCUAUCCAGGGGGGUGGUCAACUUUUGCUCCCCUAAAAGUGGCUUGCGCACGGAAAUGACAAACGGUAUUCUUUAUUUGAGUUCAUGUAUGAAAAGUUCGCUAUUUGUUGCAUUUAUGAUAAAAUUUCGGCAGGAUUUUACCGAGUACAAAUCCCCCGAAAAGCCUAUGAAAACGUUACAUUUUUCUCCGUUGGUGCUGUUCUUGCUUCAUUAUGAAUUCAUUUUUACUCCCAUGAGAGUUCCAUGGAAUUUGUGCUUUCGAGUUCUUUGUGCUGAAACGCAAUUGCUCGUAUAAUACCCCGUACACUUUGAAAUGGCGAUGCCACAAUUUACCCCGCAGCAGAUCUUUUAUGGUAUCAGAAUUCCUCCGUAGCAACAACAUAAACUUGGUUCGCCAAAGUUUCACGAACGAAUAUCCAGAUGUACGAUGCCCUUCACGUGCGAAUAUUUAUUACAAUGUUAGGAAGUAUCGUGGUAACGGGACGAGUUGUAACUUGAACAAUAAGGGUAAUUCGGGUCGUCCAAAAACAGCGAGAAGUGCUGAAAACAUUGAAGCUGUACGCAAUGCUAUUGAAGAAGCCAACGGAGAGCGUUUAAAUGGUGAAAGGCCGCGGUUAAGUUAUCGUCGAAACAGACUUGGUUUGUCUUCGGCAACCUUCAACCGGAUAACACGUUUAGAUUUGAGAUUUCAUCCUUAUCAAAUGAUUAAACGGCACCAACUUCAUCAACGUAAUCAUCUGCGUCGACUACAGUUUUGCAAGUGGCUACGUGAUCGGAACGACAGUUUUCUUGACGAUUUACUCAUCGGCGACGAAUCAGGGUUUGCACUGAAUGCUUCGGUCAACACCCGAAACAUUCGAGAAUACCAACCACGAGGCGAACAACUUACUCCGCUUGACUUUUUUCUUUGGGGUUAUCUGAAGAGCAAGGUUUUCCUAACGCCACCAGAAAAUCUUGCAGAACUUGAGCGACGAAUCCGCGAAGAGAUGUACUCAGACAAGAUCGAGCAAUGAUACGCCGUGUUGUUUUUGACAUGGUUAGACGUGCGCAAGUUUGCACAGAACGAAAUGGAGGACACGUUGAAGACUAAGACAAUUCGUUUCUUUUUUGCCGUAAAAUUUACCUUUGUUUUAUACUCCAGAUGUUAAAUAAAUGUCAUUAUUCAAAAGUAUUUAAAAACAUGCGCGAGUUUUAAAUUUUAUUUACUUAAAGAAUUAAGAUACAUAAUUGACAUGACUCAUUUAAAAUCAAAAUGCAAAUGUAAUUUGUGAAUUCAUAAUGAAGCAAGAACAGAACCAACGGAGAAAAAUGUUACGUUUUCAUAGGCUUUUCGGAGGAUUUGUACUCGGUAAAAUCCUGCCGAAAUUUUAUCAUAAAUACAACAAAUAGCUUUUAAUAACUUUUCAUACAUGAACUCAAAUAAAGAAUACCGUUUGUCAUUUCCGUGCGCAUGCAAGCCACUUUUAGGGGAGCAAAAGUUGACCACCCCCCUGGAUAGCAAAAUUUACUAUUUUCAAAAUUUUUUAUAUUUUCCAUAAUGUAAGAACUCAAGCAAUCCAUACAUAUCAAAAAUUACAUUUCAUGAACAGAAUUGUGGAAUUGAGAGCAAUUUCAAAAUUGUCUUACUUUUUUUAAUACACCCUGUAUUCUGUUUUCGAUAACAAUUUCAUUUCAAUAUAUCUGAGAAGAGUGCUUUGUGUGUGUGUGUGUGUACUAGGAGAAUCACAAUAUAAUUUCUAUAUAUCCCAAGUCCCUACGCAUAAGAGACAGUCUGUUGGCAUAGGCAGAUGCCAUCUGAAAGGUUAUGAUCAGAUCACGAGAAGGAGUCCCUACAUUUUUCGGGAGGGGAUUAGAGUUAAGUUUUUCAAACUAUAGCGUGUUUUAUUUUGAAGCAAGCUAAGUGCGUAUUUCAUCGGAGGUACAGUAUAACAUUAUAUGUUGUGUUGGGAGGGUAGUAUUAAGCUUUGCUGAUAUUUUACAGGGCAUGGAAUGUUGUCGAAGGUUUGUCAAACAAGUACGAUAUGCUGUUGAAGGACAAUGAAAGGUAUCACUGUGGACUGAAUUACAUAUAUUUAUACGAUAAUCAAUGUUUUAUGUUUUUUGACAAUCGAUUAUUCUUAACGAUAAUCAAAUCAAGUCGUGCAUACUUCUUAUAAUAUUCUUUCCCAAUUGAAAAAAUUACAAUUAAGGAGAUGGUAUUGCAUAUCAAUAUGAUCAAAUGACAAACGCGCCCUUGUUUUUUAUUUCUCUGCUACUAGCCUACUACUAACUUGCCUGUAGCCAUCAAGUAAAAACUAUAACACGUGCUCCCUUCUUGGAAGUAACAUUAACCGCUGCAUGUCAAGGGCGGAUUUUCAUUUUUUUAAAGGAGGGGUGGAAAAAUUUCUAGUCAGGUGCAAGCGGCACCACUGAGCGAGCUUCGACAGGGGUUUUGCGUUAGGGUUAAAUACUUUCAAAAUAGGAGGGGUGAAGGUUGGUGGGGUUGAACGAGGGAUUAGAGAUAUUCUAGGGGAUUAGAGAGAUUCUGGGGUUCAACCCCCAGUAAAUCCGCCCAUUCUGCAUGUGGACGUGUCUAAGUUUAUGCAAUACGAUUUAAUCGAUUGUUGAUGACGAUUUAUCGAUUACGGUAAUGAACCGAUCGGAGCAGAUCUAAAAACAGUUCUAUUCUAUUAUUAUUUUAACCUCCAACAUAAUUCUCGUAGAAAACAGACAGAUUUGAUUACUUUGAAAGAACAACUGGAACAAGUUAUCAUGGACAAAGCAUGGUACAAGAUAUAUAUGGUUUUAAACUUUUGCAAUGAAAUGAAAGAGAUAAGUUAUCAUUUCUGCAGCAACAUGCUGCCAGAUGAUAUUGAAUUGUUUGCUUUAUUUUCAAAUUUGUAGUGCUGUAUCUAAAGCAGCAAUGUUGGAAGGUGAAUUACGUCAAAGUAAACUUGACAAGGACAGGUAAAGAUAAGCGUAUGUUAACGUUCUUACAAUUUAUGAGUAACGUAAAGCCUACCCCACUCAUAAAUGCAACCCUUGUAACCUUAACCAGUCAUACAUCGAUGUUUUCAUUUAUUGUACUAACGCUGGUAAGAACGAUAAAGGUCAUCCUCGAUUAGUGCCUCGAGGUUUAGGCCACUUAUAGCUAAACCCCAUGCAGGUUUACAAACAGCAAAUAUUUAUUUUCGCACUCGAAAUUGAUAUUACAGUGUACAUACAGUAGAGGUGUUUUAUUCACUGUUUCAUACAAAAGUCAAAGUUUCUCUUAAAAGUUGGCAGAAAACUGCAAAGUUUUUUCAGGAUGAUGAAUAGAUAGGAUAUAUAUCGUGUUUAAUAUUUGAAUUCGUUUGUCUCGGUGCUUCAUACAGUGCAUGCUUUAAAUAUUUUUUCAACCAUUUCUCACAUUACCCACAGCAGCUAUUGGAGUAUUUAGAUAAAGAUCAGGUGGUUGUUUUCAAGUUCACUUAUCGCUUAGUCUUAUCUGCAGGGUCCCCACGGUCCUUGAAAAUCCUGGAAAGUCCUUGAAUUUGUUUAAAAAAAAAACCCAGGCCUGGAAAGUCCUUGGAAACUGAUAAGGUCCUUGAAAGUCCUGCAAUUUUUUUUCAAUAGGCUGGAAAUAAUUGAAGAGUUAUUACCAGCCCAAGGAUUAUUGCCCAAAUGUUUAUUUUCUCCAAUUUCAAUUAAAAUUAUGUAUAACAAUUGUCCAAAAGUUGUUUCGAUGUCAUUUUUUUCUAAUUGCAUUCCUCUCCUUAAGUUUAAGGAUAAAAGUUAGAUGAUUUUCAAAGAUUUUUCCAGUUGCCAGGUCCUUGAAUAUACUGAAAAAGGUCCUUGAAAGUCCUGGAAAAGUCCUUGAAUUUCAUACUCACUAAAAGGUGGGGACCCUGUAUCUGUGACUUUGAAAGUUUUCGUUUGGGGCUCUAUUCCCAGUUCUUGCACUGUAGUACUCGGUCAAUGAAAGUGCACCAUACCUCUGGAAGGGAGUCGAUUGAUGGUAUACCCCACCAGAAGCAGGAAUCGUACCUGUACCUGCUUAAUUAAUUAACUGAAAACAACUAAGGAAAGAGUUAACUGCUAAAAUAAAUGAGAAGUAUUUGGUAUUAGAGAAUUUCGAUUUUAGAAUCAUAUGAAACUGCAGUCGUUCUAAUUUUUUUUCUUUUAGAGUGGAGGUAGGGAUAUGUGAACUGAUAUGUGAACUCAAUGAGUACAGGUAUGAAAAGGAAAGGCAUAUACAUAUAUUUUAUGUAAUAAAAAAUGUUGUCUACUAUGCCCAGAUUUUGAGUUAAUGUUACUUGAAUGAAUUUCAGGGAGAAGGAAACAAGAGUAAAAGAAGUGAAUCAUUCAGCCUCCACCAUGUCGUCAGAGAAAAAUACGUCUUUGGAGAAAAAGAUGGACAGCUUAGAUAGCAUCAAUGCUUUAGAUGGUGAUGAUGAUCAAAACUGGACUGUUGUACAGAAGAAAACGAAAGGGGCAAAAUCGACCUCACAUCCAUACAAACCUCAAUCUUCUGACAAGAAAGUAAAUGUAAAGCGAUCGCAAAGUCUUGAUGAUACAAUUUUAGGUAUAAAUAAUGGUUUUUGUUCGGCCGAUAAGAAAUAUCCACAGAAAAAAGAAACGGUAAUCCCACCACUUAUGCCAGAGAGUUGGAAAUCGGAGUAUUCAGACAGUCAACAUUCAAACGUACACUCAGGUUUGCCUUCCAAGCCUCAAAAAGUAGCACAAAAAAGUUCUGUCAAUGCUGAAGUCCCGCAAAAAAGUUGUAUUACUGCUGAGGUUGAAACACCUGAAAGUCAUGAUACAGUUACUCCUACCACGCCCGAGGUUAAUUCCGACUCGUUGAACACUGCUAGACAUUUCUCAAGUGUUCCGCCUGUCAAAGAACCAACCAAACAGGUCAAACCAAGUAAACAGGUUACAACCAGUAUUGAAUCAUCCCAAAGCUUUACCAGCACGACAAAAACAACGACAACAACAGAAACAUUUAUUUCGGAGAAGAUCAAUGUUCCCUCUGCUAAUUCUAUCCACCAAACACCAUGUAAUCCUAAUACUUCUGUUGACUCGGUGCUUACUAAGCUCGACGUGGGUUCUACAUUGUCAAAUGGUACAGAGGGAUGUUUUGCUCAUCCUUUAUUCGACCCAGCAGUUAUUGAUAUGUCAAUUCUUCAGACAUAUACACAGCCUUUUGGGCAGAAUAUUCCUGCACCUGGUUUGAAAACAAACCCUCCAAGUUUUACAUGCGGACCUAUCUCAGGUUUAUCACAUCUCAAUUCACGCUCUAAGGAUCAUACCAAAAUUAGUACGAGGCAAGAAAAAGAUAAAGCGAAGAAAAAUUUAUCGUCUUUCGAUAUUCUGAUGAAUCAGCUGACAGAGAAAUUCCCGUCAAGAACAAGGUAAUUCGUAUCUUAUACGUGAUUAAGUAAUGUGUCACCCUUUUUUAAAACUUUCGACCUCCCUUCUUUCCAAUGUCCUCCCUUUUCCCAACCUUCCCCUUCUUAUGACAACUAUUUCAGUGAGUAAAUUUUACAGGUUAACGCUUGCCAAUGGAUCGGAAUUCAGUGAUUAAGUCUUAUCAUGCGCAAUCUAUAUAUGCCAAAAAAGGCGCCAAAAUUUUUGAGACUCUGUGACAUCACCGUACCCAAAAUAUCCUCUGGAAAGGCCUGAAAUAUAGUCUUGAUUUUUCUGCACUUUGAAAAAACGUCUUGCUCAAACCCGUUCUUUUAAACCAACCCACUCCUUUUCUGUACUCCCCCCCCCCAUUAUUUAAAAAAAUGUGACCCCUAAGGAAGGGGGUCGAACUAAAUGGAUCUAAUAAAUUGUAGAAAGGUUUUGUAGAUGAAAAUUUCGAGUGUGAAUUUUAUACUUUAAUUAGACCUACCGGGUGGCCCAAAAAAAAGUACUCCUGUUUGAUUCGUAAUAACAUCUAAACAAGUAUAGCUUUUAAAGAGAAAUAACUUGCAUCAAAUAGAGGAAGGACUAACUUAGACUUUGAUAUAUUACAGUUGUAUUUCACUUAAAAAUUCACGGAGAUAUUAAUCUUUAAAUUCGGGAGGAUAUUUCUGGAUGUGUCUGAAAUAUGCAAAAAUCGGCGUAUCAAAUAUUAAUCAAGAUUUGCCCGACUGAAACAUGCACUAUUACCAGUAAAUAAAUGACACUUGACAAAUUGUUUAUUAUGAAACAAAGUAUUAUUAUAUCUACAAAAUACAAGCAAGAUUCAUUCGUCCGAAAUUCGCGUGUGUUCCUAGCACGAAUACGUUUCCUUAUUUCAUGAGACCACUGCAUCGCGAAGGAUCGUCAUUGGAUCGUCCGUAGUUCUGAAUUAGGGCAUGCUGUCACAACGGAAUUGUGAAGCUCUUCUAACUUCUGCAACGUUUGAAAUCUUGUUAAGAACACCCAAACUCUUUUGCCGUUUCUUAAUCUUGGCAAGUUCAUGGAGUAAACUGAGAAUUAUAUGAAACACAAUCAAACCAUACAACUCCAUAAGACAUAACAAUUAAGCAACUCCCCAGAGACAUGCAACAUUUUUGGAACAAAACGUAACAAAAUAGUAGCGUUGAUACGGUGAUGUGUAUUUGCAAAAAGCAAUAUUAUUUCCUUCAAUAAAGAAUAUUCAUCCUGCUCUAACCGAGAAAUAAUCUACUCAGUCUGUUUGAACCCAUUAAAAACAUAAAAAAUUAGGCUAUUUAAGAAUACGAAAAAUUUAAGCGCCUGCCUUCCAUGGUCAGUCUUUCAUGUACAUUUAAGUUUGCAAAGACCUAAUAUUAAAUACUUGCAUAAUUUCGAACGUUCAUAUUUCAGGAAACAAUGAGCUAAGACUUACAUGUAAGAUGUCUAAAUCUACGCCAUAUCCCUUACAAACCUUAACGAUAAUUCGCUGAAAUACAAGUUAGCCUAAUAUGUCAUUAAGCAAACAAACGCUGGAGUUAAUAUUUGAUAUGCCGAUUUUCGCUAAUUUUAGACACAUUCCAAAAUAUGCUCCCCAUUUUUAACAUUAAUAUAUCCGUGAAUUUUUAAGUUAAAUACAACUGUAAUAUAUCAAAAUCUAAGUUAGUCCUUCCUCUAUUUAAUGCAAGUUAUUUCUCUUUAAAAACUUUACUUGUUUAGAAGUUAUUACGAAUCAAACAGGAGUACUUUUUUUUGGGCCACCCGGUACAACCAGGAGCAGUUGCGAAAAAUGCAACUAGCUAUAGAUCAUCCAGCAGGAAUCGAAUCUGUGGUGUUCGGGUCUAUAGUGUUUUAAAAGGAUGGGAUUUUGGCAUUUUCCCCAGAUUGCAACAUUUCAACCCAUCUUAAUUUUUAUCUACUGCCCGUGCGAACCAAUCGUCCACCAUCUAUGUUAUUACAAUCCAUAUUAGUCAGCUGACGAGUCGAUAGGUAUUGUGUUGAACAUGAUUGCUCUGGGAUUGUGCCACGGGGUUAAACGAUUGUUAAGUUAAUAUUAAGCUUAAAACCCUCCCGUAUCGUGAUAUGACACGUACACUGAUUCAUAUAGCAUUAAGGUACUGUACUAGAGGUGUGCAAAUCCGAAUCCGAUUCAUUCGGAUUUCGGAACAAAAAUAUUCAUAUCGGAUCGGAUUGAUAAAGUUGUUUCGUAGUCGGUUCGGAUCGGACUUCGAUAUCCGAAAUAAAAUGAAUGAAUUAUCCACGCAUUAUCGCAAGAAUUAAUUAUCCAUGCAUUUAUCAAAGCAUUAUCGCGGUUGUCGCUGCAUUAUUCGUUUGAUACUUCAAUUGGACGUCACUUUGUCUGCUUCUUGAGAUGUAUUUCUUGCUUUUAUAUUUAUUUCGUUAAAUAUUUCAACUUGAAUGAGAAAUUUAUUUUAUUAAAGAAUUCUUCGGAUCGGAUUGGAUUGGAAUUCUUUAUCAAAACUCGGAUCGGAUUAGACAAUUUCGGAUCGGAUCGGAUUUUAAACAUUAGGCAAUUGUCGGAUUAUAAAUAAACGUCCAAUCCGAUCCGAUGCACACCUCUAUACUGUACUGAAAAGUUGUAUCUGCUGUUAGACAAUAACGCAGUUGUAGUGAGUUAUCAUCAACUACAACGAUAACUUGCUAUUCAAAUAGCAAUGGGAUUCUAAAUAUUUUAGGAACGAACUCAUGGUGCUCUUGAAACUGGCAAAGACAACUUUUGGUGAUCAAGGGUUUAGAAAGAAGAAAAUCGAAGAAAUCGUGAAACGCGUGGGAGAAAUUAUUGUUCCUGAGAAUACAGAUAAUGUAUGUAAUAAUUUCUAUUAAAAGAAAUGCCGUCUUGUUCCUUAAAUGUACAAUUAUUAACUGACAAUGUGCAGCUAGGAGCACAUGCCUGAAUAUGAAUAACAUCGCAGUCCUUGACGUCCGUCAGGCAUGAAUUGCGCUUCCGGAAAGUACAUCACUUUGGCUAUAGAGCCUGGUUGUCGACAUUUCAACAUUGGGCUUUAACCAAUGUCACACAUACGAAAACGAGGCUGCAUGUAUAGUCAAAGUGACGUUCUUUCCGGAAAUGGGUAUCUUCGCUAUCGACAGAGAGCAUAGUUGUUCAAAACAAAGCAGUAGAUUCUCUUGCGAAAUAAAUAAACUCUAUUGAGUUCUGCAGAGUUGGGAAAUCCACUAGGCCUUUACACGGCAUCCCGCCUCGUGACAUCAUUAAUCCAUUAACCUGCAAAUCAAGUGCUGCCUGUAUUCAUUUUCUACUAGUCCAAUUUCAAUCUUUAUACUAAUCUUUAUAUAUAAGGUUCAUUCAAAGUAAACUUUUAGGUUUCUUAAUUUUCAGACUGAAAAGUCAGCGGCACAAAUUUGCAGCAUAUGUCGCGAAGAGAUGGAAAACAAGACGGUCCUAGAAUGUGGACAUGCAUUUCACGGGAAGGUUUGUUGCGGUUCAUACAUUUAAAAGUAAUCAUACACAAUGAGAUGGAAUGUAUUAGUGCCUUGACAACGGAACUGCAUGCAUUUCCAAGUUCUGGAAAGAUAAUUGAAUGAGAAAUGUAUACUGAUUUAAAAGCGUUAUAUAUAUAGUGCAGGAGUUAGAAUAAAUUCGUGAGGCUGCUUGAAGAUUCAUAUGUACAUGUACACAUGUAAAAACGCACAAGUUGUAACAAACCUGCAGCAGACUUGUAGCAAUGCUGUUCCAACAACUUAUCAACAGGAUGUGUUCGCACUGCUUGUUCCCAGUAACGGCUUGUUGACAACUUGCUACAAGGUUGUUGAACUCAACAGACUUGUUACAAGUUGUUCCAACAACUUGUUAUCAUCCUGCAAUUCAACAAUUUGUCAACAAAGUUGUGAGUGACAACCUUGUAGCAACUUGAUAAAAUAACAACAUUGUUACAACUCGUUGACAAGCUUGCUACAAGCCUGUUGCGAACACAUCUUGUUGACAAGUUGUGAGAUUUUUACGUGUGUAGUUGUUCACAAACCAUUCUGUCUGACUGUGCUUCAAUUAAGCGCCGCAUUGUUGUGAGUAAGUGUGGCACUUACCUCAUUGGCAGCGCUUAAGCUACGUUUACACGCUACGAUUAAGCGUGUACGAUUCGUAUUCUGGCGUAUUAAAAUGAGUGCUGGCGCCAUAAUUCAUUGCCGUUUCGUUAAAAGAGAUUUCAAAUGUAGCCAGCUUACGCGUGUUUACUCAAUGACAUACGCCAGAAAACGAAUCGUACACGAUUAAUCGCAGCGUGUAAACGUAUCUUUAAACGAGUAAAUAAGGUACUCUUGUGUAAGAUUAUUCCCGCCAUCUCUACUUAAAUCAUGGUGAUUCGGGGUUUUUUUCAUGUAUCUGACUCGUACCCAGUCGUCAGUUAUGAUUUAUGAGUACAUAUCGUACAUAUAUAGAUCAGUGACUGGAGGUGUGUAAUGCAUGGUUACAUGGUAGGGAUUGUUUGUGGUAAUGAUCGGCGAGUUCUAAUGAUCAGCGAGCUCUCUCUUCUUCAUGAUUGUUUAGUUUGACAGCACGUGUGAUCUACGAAAGCAUCAGUUUACUUUACUUUAAUUAUCACUAGAGUAGCGACCUCGGUAGAGAUGUUUUCCUAGGGUGAUCUACAGUACAAUAUUUAUAUUUUGUAGUGUGUGAAUGAGUGGAUACAAGCUGAAAGAACGUGUCCGAUGUGUCGUUCCCAUGCCUUAACGGAAGAAGAUUUUCCAAGUUUGGCCUAAGGAGAUAUUAAUAAUCGACUCAGAAAUUCCCCGUCAUAUAUUGCGAGAUUAUGGUCGCUGGACUGAAUUCCUCCGGGAAGUGUGAAUCGAAGCCGUGGGAUCUACUGAAAUACUCAAUGCCCAGUUAAGUUUGUUGUGUUUGAUGCUAAUUUGGUUUUGUUCUAUUUACAGUUCUGUUUUUUCGACCAGCUUUAGUAGUGACGUUCAAUAAAUGUAACAAAACACAUGGAACUGCAUGAUAACAUGCAACCACUUCUGAGGCCGGGGCAUAUCGCUCGAGACUGUAGCUUAAAUGCAUGGAACUUAUUCUACUUUUUAUUUAAAAAAAUGGAAAAUCCAUCCUGCAUUCAAUACAAAGAAAUGCGAAAAACCUAAAAAUUCAAAAAAAUUCGAGAUAAAUUCGGGGAUUUUUAUAUCCGAAAACACGAAAGACCCGUCGGUCUACACGCGUUCAAAUAAAACACUGGGAAAUUUCAAACACUUCUAUACUGUUGGAAUUUUAUAUAUAUUUCCUAAAAAAGUUCGGAAAUUCAACUUCCAAAGUAUUUCUGGGAAAUACAACUUCCCAGAAUAAACGUGGAAAUUUCCCAGAAUAAGCGUGGAAAUUUUCUGGAAAGUCUACAAAACCAAAUUAUGGAGUGGUUCAAAUUUUCCCGUGAACACCCACAACAGUUUUUUGUCUUAAAACACAACCCAAAUGUGUACAUUAAUUGUUUUGUUGAAGGUUAUGCACGAGUAUGAACCUUAUAAUAAUUCAUUGUCAUUUGCAUUGAAUACGUUGUCUUUAAUAUACUGUAUAGCAGUCGUUAUUAUAACGGCAAAGUAUAGAAGCGGCAAAAUAUAAUUUAUACUAUGUAUUUGGAGUCAGAUGCUUCAUCGACAUUACCCAUCAGUAAAUUUAGGGACAAUUAUCUGGGAUAUUUUCCGUAGCUUUUGGAAGUAUAUUUAGAUAGAUGACGCUAAACCAAUGUUCUAGCUCAAACUGCAUUUCGUACCAGUUUAUAUAUUUUGGUGGAUGAGGGGAAAUUUAGGGUCGACGGCCCAACGAUCUCGAACGCGAGACUCGUUCAUGCGUGCGCCGAGAGUUUUUGCAUGAGCUUCAGUCCGGA